AUGGAUCCGGAAUUCAUGGAAGAAAUGGGCGAGCUGACCACUCCUCGAACCUUUACCACUGUGUUCACUUUGGAUGAUUUUAGUCAAGACUUCGGGAGAAAUUACAGCAACGCCACUGAUGGGAAGGUUGACCUGAAUUACUACUAUUUUUAUGACACUAUCCAAUUUACUGUAAUGUGGGUGUUGUUCGUUGCUAUUGUGGUACUCAAUGCUUCAGUCAUCGCCGCUCUUCUUUGUACCAAUGCGAGGAAAAGCAGAAUGAAUUUCUUCAUAAUGCAGUUGGCUAUAGCUGAUCUAUUCGUGGGCUUAAUUUACGUGUUCGUGGAUAUCGUACAGAAGAUCACGAUAGCGUGGCUGGCCGGCGAGUUUAUGUGCAAACUAUUGAAAUUUCUGCAGGCUGUGGUUAUGUACGCAUCCACAUACGUGUUGGUUGCUCUCAGUAUAGACCGCUGCGAUGCCAUCACAAACCCUAUGAACUUUUCCGGAAGUUGGAAUCGAGCUAGGGGUCUGGUUGUAUCAGCAUGGCUCAUCAGUAUAGUCUUCUCUAUACCUAUCUUCAUCCUCUACGAAGUUAGAAAAGUUCAAGGCGAGCUCCAGUGCUGGAUAGAUCUAGAAACACCUAGAAGGUGGCAAAUCUGGAUGACUCUAGUGUCAGUGAUGAUCUUCGUGUUGCCGGCUCUGGCCAUAGCAGCAUGCUAUGCCGUCAUCGUGCUAACCAUAUGGACGAAGAGCAAAGCAGUAGUCAUGAGUCCACCUAUAAAUUCUAGAAGAACUAAGACUAUGAGAAAUGGUCAGGUGGAAAGUGACCCGGAUUCGCGGCGUGCUAGUUCCAGAGGACUAAUACCUAGAGCAAAAAUAAAAAGCGUCAAAAUGACGUUCGUCAUUGUAUUCGUGUUCGUCCUGUGUUGGUCACCGUACAUUGUAUUUGAUCUAUUACAAGUGUAUGAUCAAAUACCAAGAACUCAGAACAGUUUGGCGUUAGCUACACUUAUACAAAGUUUGGCCCCACUCAACUCUGCCGCCAAUCCGUUGAUAUGCUGCAUGUUCUCGCCUCAUAUUUAUGCCAGUUUAAGGCGCGUACCACCAUACCGGUGGUUGUGGUGCGGACGGCGACGGCGGCGCGCUGGUCGCGGCACGCUGCGCUCACGCUCCGACUCUACUGCCAACUCCGACUUGCUGAGCUCUACACACGCCAGGCGCUCGCAUUCUGUUGCUACAAUAUUGAAUAGAACAAGAAGUGGCAGUGUGUCCCGUAUGCAUACGGAUCCUCGCCGUACGCAGCUUCUAGUAUUGGUUUCUGCGCGCGACUGACGGCGGGCGGGGAACGGAGCGGCGAGCGGAAUGAUGAGCGGGGCGAUUAGCGGAGCGACAGGCGGAGCGGGCCGAACGACGUUCCACGACCUCGCACCUGAUGUGAUGCUCUAGCGUCGAACUGAGGGGACCGCCCCAUACGUGCAUUGCUGUGUCCAUAGACAUCAGAUGUAACUAUGAACGAAUUAAUUUUAAUAAACACAUUUCUGAUUAACAUAAACAGGGCAAAUAUAGAUAUGAAACGAGAUAAAUAAAUGUAUUAUGUUUAUGUAGUACUCUCUAAACGACGGCUAUUUAUGUACUUAAUGACUGAGAUAGUAAUUUGUAAUAUAUGUAUGUAAAAUUUUGAAAUUUUGAGUUUAUUAGUAGAAUACCAUUAAUUGAGAAAUUAAUAAAAUAUUGUUUGACAAACCCUUGUAUUUUAACUAUUUAAAAAUGGAUAAUUAUUUAAAAAUAUAAGCACUAGCGAACUUUUUCUAAACAGAUGAGACGUUAAUUACAAUUUUAUAUUAUUAUUUACACUUUUAUUUACUAGAAAAUUGUUUAUGAAAGUGAAAGAAACCAAGCAUUUUUGGUACUAUUGACACUUACAGUAAAGUCUGUAAUUAAACAACAGAAUAUCAUAUUUCAGCAAUAGCUUGCUUCGUAAGGUUUGUUUCGAUUGCAAAGUGUGAUGCAAAUAUGCCACUGAAUUUACGGAGACUUAUCACCUUAAUCUGCAGGAGUAGUACACCACCAUAUGGUGUUGAACGCCACUUAUCAGCUUGUUUGACAUAUAGUUACUAUAGACAGAAGGUUUUUUUCAUUUAAUUUUAUACACAUAAGCAGAGACGCUGCUACUCUAGCCCUCAGAACCUGUAUCCUUUAAAUUUUGCAUUAUAUGGCUUUACUUUUUUUAUUUUUGUAAAUGAAAACCUAGAAAUCGGUUACAAUGUAAUAUGUGUAAACGCAGUAGAUACAGCAUGUCUAAAUUAUACUAAAACUAAUAAACUCAAAAAGGUCAAACCGUAAAUAUUUUCGUAGAUGUAGGUUAUAAAUUGUUGAAUGCUGACAUAGUUUACGUGUUUUAUAUGCGAACUUGUUAAAGUUGUGUGGUUGGAAUAUAUUACAAUGAAGAACAGAAAAGUGGGAUGGAUUAUGUCUAAUUAAUUAUAAUUGUUUACCUCCUAGGUAAGGACCUCUUAGGAAUACAUGACUGUAAAAAGAACGUAUUAAGCUGUAAGAAGUUUCUGUGUAUACUUUUUCAAAUUUGUCCAUUCAAAACUAAAGUGAAAUAUACACACAAUCUACCGAUGUUAUAUUAAUAUUAUUAUUUCAUAUUACAUGUACGUAA